AUGCGCAAUCGAGUACUAAGCAAGGAUGACGAUAAUGUUAAGGAUUACUUCUCAACUUAAAAACGAAAACAAGACAAUAACGUCUAAUUUUGGUAAGGGUAUAUGUCAAUUGCCCUCAACAGUACAGAAGCUGGAGUGAGAUAAUUCCUAACAUAGAUGAGAAGAAAUGGCAGCUUUCAAUAAAUAGACAAAAAACAAAAACCUGCAGUUACUGAAUAAGAAUAAUUAUUGGAGACUCCAAAUCAUAGUAUCGUCAAAUCUCUUGAUCCUCAAUUUCCUCCUUUCAUUAGAAAAGUCAAGGAAAUAACAAGCUAUGAAUUUCUAUCUCAGAUUUAUGAGUUGCAUAACAGAAAAUAAAGAAAUCAAUCCUUAAUAGAACAACUUAUUGGAAAAACCAAUAAUGAAAUUAUUGUCUUUCCUAAAACCAUUCAUCGUAAGAACAUCUAAAAAAGAUCAUAACGUUGUCAAUCUGUUGCCUAAAAAGACAUUGAAUUGGACAGCAUGAAAGGACAACUAAUCUAAGUGAAAUAAGUUUAAGUUCAACCCAUACCCAAAGAGACAACUCCAAAACCGUUGAAGAGAUUAAUACCUAUAAUUAAAUUAGAAAGGACUACUUCCCCUAUUAAAAAGGUUCAAGCUCCAUAAUCCUAAACAAAAAAAAAGUUAUUCAUCGAUGAUACUAGGUAUUGGGAUUUAGGUUAUAUCAAAUUUAUAUAAUGUCCCAGCGUAUAAGAAAUAAAUUAAAUCAUAAAUUUUACAAAUGCUCUUCAAGUUUUACCAGCAUAACACUAAAAAUACUAUAAGCUUUAUGUUGGUAGAGGGAAUAAUCACAUGAUGGUUAAAAGUAUUUUUAGUAUGCGUGCCUAGUGGACUGUAGGGGGAAACUUGGAGGAGGAUGAUUUUAACUUUAUUUGGACACAAAAAUUUAUUGAUUUUCCUUAAUCUGAGAUUAGACCUAUCCAGAGAUCAAUUAAUAAUGAAACAAUUGAAGGAUGGAUUGAUUCGAACGAUUAAGCAUUAAUCAGAUAGGCUUGGGAUCGAGUGGAAGGAAAAUCAAAGAAGAAGCUAGCUGAUUACAAUCUUGAAAGUUAGCCUCUUCUUAAUAAUUUAAGUAAUGUCAAAGAACUUCUCACAAUUAAUCAUUAAAAUUAAUCUAUUAGAAUUCAUAAUCAUCUUAAGGAAGGAAAUUAAUUAGGAGAUAAGAAAUUUUUGUUUCUAAAUCUAAGCAAACAUUGUAAAGAAAACUAAAUAGAUUUAUGGACUCUGAUUCCUUUGACUUUCCAUAUAUAAGGACCAAAUGAUGAAUCCUUUACUCAUUUUAAGAAAAAAUUUGAUGAGGUUUCUGAUGAUCCAACAUUCAAAAAUAUUUGGAUCAUUAAACCUGGAGAGGACAGCAAUCGAGGACAAGGAAUAAAAGUUUACAAUAAUUUAAAUGAAAUCUAUUAACAUAUUUCUUAGUAAAAUCAUACUUUCAUUCUAUAAAAAUACAUAGAAAACCCAUUUCUUUACCAAAAGAGAAAAUUUGAUAUAAGGGGAUAUUGCCUUAUCACAAUAAUUAAUGGAGCGAAAAAAGUAUUUUGGUAUAAAAAGGGAUACCUCCGUACUUCAAGCAGUUUAUUUAGUUUGGAUUCACUAGACAAUCAAAAGAUCCAUCUUACCAAUGAUGCAAUUCAAAAUAGAAUGAAUGGAUAUGGCAAAUUUGAGAAAGGUAAUAAGGUUUCGUAUGAGCAAUUCUAGAAUUAUUUAAUAGAACAGAAUAAAUAAAAUAAUACAAAUUACAGUUUCGAAGAGCUUUAUAAAAAUAUGAAGUAAUUAACUAAGAUAGCUUGUGCCUCAAGUAUUAAUUAGAUCAAUAACACUGAUCAAGUUUUUGGAUUUGAAUUGUAUGGUCUAGAUUUCAUGAUUACUAAUGAGUUUAAACCGAUCCUAAUAGAAUUCAAUACAAAUCCCUGUAUUGAAACAGGAUGUCCAGUUCUAGCCAAAAUUAUAUCAGGACUAUUAGAUAAUUUAUUUAGAUUCAUUAUCGACCCACUCUUUCCUGCUAAAAAAACAAAUCUUGAUGAUUUUAACAGUAAAAAUGAUUUUGAAUUAUUAUUAUAAUCAUAAUUAUGAAAAAACCUAUCUAAA